ACGUCUUUCAAUGUUAAUCUAAAAUAUUGGUGUAUAACUAAUGCAACUGGCAGGAUGACCUGCAAGCAGCCAACCUCGCAGCAGCUUGCCUAUCUAGACGAGCUGAAGCAGCGCCUGCUGGACCUUCGCAAGCGGCAAAAGUCGUUUAUGGUGGAGACAGCACAGAUUCUGCGCAGUAUCAACAACGAUCAGGCAACGUCACUAUCGAAGACGACUUCGAUGAUCUCGGUUCAGGCAGCGCAAAAGCUUGAUAGUCCGGAAUGCGGUGGUAAAAUCAAGCAGCUGAUCAACCGCUUCGAGGAUCUGCGUCAAACAUCGAAAGAGUUCACCGACCAGCCUUUGCCCGAAGAGCUAGUGGGCGUUGAUGUCCGGAAGCUACUCCAGGGCUAUGAGCAGCUGAUUGUGGAGGGUAACAUUUUGCAAAAGUCCUGGAUCCUUUUGAGGAAAACUACGGAAAGUUGUGCGCGUCAGACCAACAGAGAUGAUCCAAAGUUGAAGACUUCAAGCUCAAAACCCUCUUCUUUCGCAGAGCAAACGUCCGACUGCCCAGAGAACGAUCUACCCAGUGUCCCCAUCGGCUCGUUCCCCGAAACAGAAAAGGUAUUUAACGACCAAUCCAACUGGGUUAAAUGGAACGAUGGUAAAUCCAACUGUCAACGUUUCGGAGCUGUACUUCAUUUGUUACUUCGCCUUUUCAACAAACGCUGCAUGCGUAAGUCUCGGCGAAUGCGAUGAUUUAACAAGCAAACGAAAACAGAAUGGGAAAUAAGAGAGUGAUAGGAAGGUCAUUGAAAAUUCUCCGUGAAAUGCAUCUUACAAUUAGGAUAUAUUUUUAUUUAAGUGCUACAAAAACAGGAACUUGUGCUGCAGACAAACAGAAACUAAAUUGAUUAAACCAAA